AAAAACAAAACCCAAAACCUCAAGAGGAACACUACAGUUGUUCUUGUGCCAACACCAAUUCUAAUUAGGUUCUUUCCCUGUCCGUUCUGUAGACAGCGUCAGAGGGGUCCACAGUGGUUAUUUGUUUACUUCUAAUCCUCUCCUGUAGAUGGAAAUUUAGCUCGUGUUUGAAAUUCUCCAGGAUAGCCACCCAGGAGCCCCAAGUCUCUGCUGGGGGAGUCCGGGCAGGCCAUGUCUAUCUGGCUUCAGCAUCGGCAUCUGUAAAAUGACAUUAAAGUCCUUCUUAGAGAUUAUGUGUCCUUCCCAGACAGAGAGGUUAGGAAGUUCCUUUCUAAUUCUACUCUGGGUUCUUCCUUCUACUUGUAUGUUAAGCUUGUGCCUUUCUCCUCUUUGAGAAGCCACUGGUCAGCGUCCCCCUGCAGUAAUCCCACGUUCCUGUGAUGAGAUGACAAAGCCCACUCCCGGGGUGCAAGGCCCCCCACCCUUUGGGUUGCUGUGUGAUAGGGGACGCCCUUUCCUCCCAGCAGCCUUUCUCUGGAUGCCUGGAAGUGCUGGGUGGCCUUGGAAAGUGUGAUUUAUGUCUUUCUGGAAGAACUGCCCCCUCUGUCAUUGCCAGGAAGUGAACGAUGCUGGUGGCUACCUGUUUAUUCAGCCGCGGGAGGGGAGAAAAUCCAUGCUACUCAAUGUCCCCUGAGGCACUAGGCCGCUUACGGCCAGUUUUCUUUUCCAGAGCGAUAAAUCUGAGGGACCCCGUGCUGCAGCAGGUGCUGGAGAGGAAGAAUGAGGUCCUGUGUGUCCUGACGCAGAAGAUAGUGACGACACAGCCGUGUGUGAUAUCGGAGCGCGUUCAGAUCGAGGAGAGGUGCGGCGGCGUGGUGGGGAUCCAGACCAAGACGGUGCAGGUGUCCGCAAAGGAGGAUGGGAACAUCGUCAAGGACACCAAUGUGGUGCUGGAGAUCCCCGCUCCCACCGCCCUCGCCUAUGGUGUCAUCGAGUUGUAUGUGAAACUGGACGGCCAGUUCGAAAUGCCAGAUAAUGCAGCAGCGCUGCUGGGUGCUUGCUGUAAACUCCAGAUUAUUCCUACGCUGUGUCACUUGCUCCAUGCUCUCUCUGAUGAUGGAGUAUCUGAUCUUGAAAAUCCAGACUUGGCUCCUCUGAAGGAUAUGGAAAAGUUUAUGAUUGUGCAGCGUUUGUUUGCCUUAGCCAACAUGAACCUGGAGAGACUGCAGUCAUCUGUGAAAGCUGUCACCCAGAAGGACCCUAGCAUUUUCCCACUAAUUCUUUAUAUAAGCCUGAACGGACUCUGUGCUUUAGGCAGAGCACAUUAAUAACAUCAUAUGUGAAUUACAAGUACAUGUUAUCAGCCAAGGCUGGGUAUUUUUCAGCACUGUUAAGAUACUACUGAGUUUAGCCACCAGGUACUCUGUAAACAGUUUUUCAUAAAAGGCCUGUGCUAAUGACCCAAUGUCUAAGUUAGAUUUUAGCAUCUGAAGAGCUAGAGGAGGGUUGAGAAUUCUAAGCUAGUGUACAGACUUUUUUCUGCAGAAAAUAAUUGGUCCGCCUAUCUUUUUCUGCUAUACAAAAACAGAUGAGUUUGGUUUUGAUCCAAAAAUUCAUUUUAAAUUGUAAAUGCCAUAGGAAGACAAUUUAUAGAAGAGUCUGUUUUAGAUGUGCUGAUUGACAAAUGAACUGUAAAUGCCAUUAUAGUACAUAUAUUCUGCUAAACAAAAUUAUACUAAAAUAAUUAGUAGGUGACCCUUCUUUAGGGGUCUAGCUGUAGACAUUUUUUUUUGUUAUGCUUUGAUGAGCGUACCAAUUCUAUGUCAAGAACAAUGCUGAUUUCCCAUGCAUUCUCGAUUUUUAAUUUAUAAAAUACUACACAUACUGUAUCAAAGGAAACUCUGAACUGUGUAUAUUUUGCAUUUAAUUCUGUUUGAAAUUCUUCUAUAAAUAACUUGGACUAUC